GGCCUGUGGGCCGGGUCAAUGGUUGCUUAGUGGAGGAGCCGGCGGCGGAGAGACUCCAUUCAUUGCGGUGACAGCCCGAGACAUGGAGGCGCUCAUCCCGGUCAUUAACAAACUGCAGGAUGUCUUCAACACGGUGGGAGCUGAUGUCAUCCAACUGCCACAGAUCGUGGUGGUGGGGACCCAGAGUAGCGGAAAGAGCUCCGUCCUGGAAAGUUUGGUGGGUCGCGACCUCCUGCCACGAGGUACCGGUAUAGUGACCAGAAGGCCCCUGAUCCUACAGCUGGUUCAUGUUUCUGCAGACGAUCACCGUAAGACCACUGAUGAGAACGAACUCGACUCCUGGAAAAAUCCGAGACUCCUUUCCAAAGGAGUUGAUGCGAGUGAAUGGGGAAAAUUCCUUCACACAAAGAACAAGAUAUACACAGACUUCGAUGAAAUUCGUCAAGAAAUCGAGAAUGAAACCGAGCGUAUUUCUGGCAAUAAUAAAGGUAUAAGUUCAGAGCCCAUUCAUCUGAAGAUCUUCUCUCCCAACGUAGUCAACUUGACCCUCGUGGACUUACCAGGAAUGACCAAGGUGCCGGUGGGUGACCAGCCGAAAGAUAUUGAACUCCAGAUCCGGGAACUUAUUAUCCGGUACAUAAGCAAUCCCAAUUCCAUUAUUCUAGCUGUCACAGCUGCCAACACUGAUAUGGCAACCUCUGAAGCCCUUAAAAUUGCUCGGGAAUCCGAUCCAGACGGACGAAGAACCCUAGCUGUCAUAACCAAGCUUGACCUGAUGGACGCUGGGACAGAUGCAAUGGACGUCCUUCUGGGACGAGUGAUUCCAGUGAAACUUGGCAUUAUUGGUGUGGUUAACAGGAGUCAGCUGGACAUAAACAACAAAAAGAUCGUGGCUGACUCAAUCCGCGAUGAGUAUGCCUUCCUUCAAAAGAAGUACCCAUCUCUAGCAAACCGAAACGGAACAAAAUACCUGGCGCGGACCCUCAAUAGGUUAUUAAUGCAUCACAUCCGCGACUGUUUACCAGAGCUGAAGACCAGAAUAAACGUCUUGGCUGCCCAAUACCAGUCUCUGCUCAACAGCUACGGUGAGCCAGUGGAGGAUCAGAGUUCCACGCUGCUGCAGCUUAUCACCAAGUUUGCCACGGAAUAUUGCAACACAAUAGAAGGAACUGCAAAAUACAUUGAGACGUCCGAGCUCUGUGGAGGAGCUCGUAUCUGCUAUAUUUUCCAUGAAACCUUUGGGAGGACGUUGGAAUCUGUUGAUCCCCUCGGGGGUUUGACAACAAUUGACAUUCUAACAGCUAUUCGAAAUGCAACUGGACCACGGCCGGCAUUGUUUGUGCCAGAAGUUUCUUUUGAAUUGCUGGUUAAGAGGCAGGUGAAGCGCUUGGAGGAGCCAAGUUUACGCUGCGUGGAAUUGGUACACGAGGAAAUGCAAAGGAUUAUUCAGCACUGCAGUAAUUACAGCACUCAGGAGCUCCUCCGCUUCCCAAAACUGCACGAUGCCAUCGUAGAGGUUGUAACCUGUCUUCUGCGUAAACGCCUUCCUGUAACAAACGAGAUGGUGCACAACCUGGUGGCGAUUGAAUUGGCGUACAUAAACACCAAACAUCCAGAUUUCGCCGACGCCUGCGGAGUAAUGAACAAUAAUAUAGAGGAACAGAGGCGGAAUAAGCUUGCCCGAGACUUUCCUCCUCCAGCUGCGUCCCGAGAGAAGUCCAUGAAAGCCCCAGGGCCUCUAGCACCUGCCCCCCUGGAGCUCCCCCCAGCUGCUGCUUCUUCUGAAACUGAUGCCAAGGCAAGUCUGUCGGGGUCUACCGGGGAUAGUGUCGUGGACGCUGGAACAGGCAAUUGGAGGGGGAUGUUAAAAGCCUCCAAAGGAGAGGAGCUAUUACUGGAGGAGAAAAACAAGAAUCUCCCUCCUCUCCCGUCCAGCCCUAUGAGGGGACAUGCUGUUAACCUUCUGGAUGUGCCAGUGCCAGUUGCCAGAAAGCUCUCCGCACGGGAGCAGAGAGACUGCGAAGUGAUCGAGCGACUCAUUAAAUCCUAUUUUCUUAUUGUCCGGAAGAAUAUUCAAGACAGCGUGCCAAAGGCUGUGAUGCACUUUCUGGUGAAUCACGUGAAGGACACCUUGCAGAGUGAGCUGGUCGGCCAGCUCUACAAAUCUCUACUGCUGGAUGACCUGCUAACGGAGUCCGAAGACAUGGCGCAGCGCAGGAAGGAAGCAGCGGAUAUGUUAAAGGCACUACAGCGAGCGAGCCAGAUUAUUGCAGAAAUUCGGGAAACACAUCUGUGGUGAAAGGAGAACAGGAGGAAAGGAAACAACUUGAAACGAAAUGGGCUAGACUAAGAUGAUUUGGUAGAAUUUUAUUUAUGAAAACCUCUAACCACAUUCAAUAUGUAUAGAAAGAAUGGAUAUUAAAGAGGGAAUAUGUGCUGUAUGUAGCAAGCUAUACAAUCCACACAAUAAAUAUUACGUCCAAUUGUUUCUCCCACCCUGAAUUCCUUUUGUGAUUCAAGCUGAUCUAACAUUGUGACGUUGUGAUUGGAGCACAAAGCAUGCUGGGACAUCACAAUCCCUUAUUCAGCGGACAGAUUUCCCUGGGUCCACUUAAACGUUUAGAGUGACAUUUUUUUUUUUCUCUCCACAUAUUAAUCAUUGAAACCAUAGAAUGCUGCGGCGACCUCUCAAGGACUUAAAUAUAUUUUCUUUUUUAAUAGUGCAGUCUGAAUUUUAUUUUUUUACAUUUCAACUUUUUUUUUUUUGUUAUCCAUCCUUGUUUUCUGAAGUGUUUUGUAUUCUAAUUAGCACAGACUAAAUUAAUUCAAAGACGCUCCCUGACCGUGUGCUUUAUUAAAAGCUGCCUUUAGUACCUGCUUUGAGGUACCAUAGAGUUUCAGGCUCUCCUUUAAAUAAAGAGAUUUCAGUUAUGUAAUCUGGCAACCAUGAAAAUGUUACUAUUAAACAAAAACAUCUUCAGUUUUGCCCCUAAGCAAUUGCCCAUCGACACACAUUUAAAGUUUUUGCAGCAGAGAGGACAAACGUACAUUGUUUGCGAGCAGUCUCAUCAAUAUUAUGAAGAAUUCUGGGGGAAAGUUCCCAUAGUGGAUCAGUCACCAUGGAAACCAAAAGAAUGUUCCUACUGACCUGAGAGAACCCGAUGUAUCGCCCGAUAAUGCAACCUAGUUAAACACACCCCUCCAAUGCAAUCUUUCUGUGUGUAACAUUUUGUUUUUGUUUUUUUAAUUAUUGCAAAAGGUGUCUUGCUGGACAUUUUAUAGCGUUUGUGUAUUGUGACGCUCACUUUUACAGCUUUCCUUGCCACAGAGGUUAUGGCAGGACUUUACACAGCUCUGUCCAUCUCCCUGGCAUGUACAGGUUAACGGAACUGCCAUGCGAUCAGGAAUGAAUUACUCAUAAUAUGUCGGCUUCUGCACAGGCUGUGUGUAGGGGGAAGAUUCACAACCGGUGGCCUGAGCGCAGAAAUACAUAUCCAUGGCUAGCGCCAACGGCAAUAUUGUUUAUGCUGAAACCCUGUCUAUGUAUGUAUGUUUUGAGAUGUCUGUUUAUCAUUGUAAAUAAACUGCUUCUGCAGAAAGUGUCAA